CCACCCCCCCCAACCCUUUCUCUCUCUCUCUCUCUCUGUCUCUCUCACACACACACACACACACACUCACUCUCUUCCUCACAUCCCUGCCUCUCUUCCCAUCACAUCGCCGGCUUCCUCGCCUCUCCUCGUCUGUGUCUCUGCCUCGCAGUCGUCCUCCGGCUCCCACACGUGUCAGCCGGCUCUUCCUCUGCGGUCGCAGGCUGUGGUUCGUCUUCUCUCCGGCGCUCGAAGGAGGGCAGAAAGGCCAUGGAGCACAGCCACAUCUUCACCGUGCUGUCCACCAACUCCAGUUCUUGGAGUCCUCGCGGUUGUCCUCUCGGACAGUUUCCCGUCAUCUACUACAGUUCCUUGCUGUGCCUCGGCCUGCCUGCAAACAUCCUCACCGUGAUCAUCCUUUCUCAGCUGGUGCUGCGGCGACAGAAAUCGUCCUAUAACUACCUACUGGCCCUGGCCGUAGCCGACAUCCUGGUCCUGCUGCUGAUCGUGUUUGUGGACUUCUUGUUGGAGGACUUCAUUCUCGGAGCGCCUCUUCCCCACUCCCUUAACAAAGCGGUGCAGGUCCUGGAGUUCUCCUCCAUCCACACCUCCAUCUGGAUCACGGUUCCCCUGACCGUGGACCGCUACAUCGCUGUAUGCCAUCCUCUGCGCUACCACACAGUCUCCUACCCGGCCCGAACUCGCAAAGUGAUCUUGGCGGUGUACGCUGGCUGCCUGAUCACCAGCGUCCCGUAUUACUGGUGGCCGGAGCUGUGGCACGGACUGCCAGGAGCGAGCUCCGGCGGCCGCAGUAGCAGCGCAGGCCAGCAUGUGUUGGUUUGGGUCCACUGUGCGACGGUUUACCUGCUCCCCUGCUCUGUUUUCUUCUCGCUCAACGCCAUCAUCGUACGCAAGCUUCGCUGCCGUCGUAGCUGCUUCCGUCUGCGAGGCUACUCGACCGGAAAAACCACAGCCAUCCUGCUGGCCAUCACCUCAGUGUUCGCUGUGCUUUGGGCGCCACGCACCCUUAUGAUCCUUUACCACCUUUACACGGCCCAACCGCCGACCCCUGGACCGGCCAGGCUCCUGCAUUUGGUCACAGACGUGGCGAACAUGCUGGCGCUUCUCAACACUGGCGUCAACUUCUUCCUGUACUGCUUCAUCAGCAAGCGUUUCCGCAGGAUGGCCGGCACGGUGCUAAAGGCCCUUUUCCGAUGCAGGAAGCAGCCGCCGCCAUUUUACGCCAGUCACAACUUCUCCAUCACCAGCAGCCCUUGGAUCUCACCAGCCAACUCACACUGCAUCAAGAUGCUGGUGUACCAGUACGACAAGAACGGCAAACCAGUCUGCAUAUCCUCAUGAAUACCAAAUCGAAUUAUGCCGUACCAAUAUAACGCUGGCUACUAAGUCCGGCGAGCUUGGGAAAAGUCCUUCCCGACUGGUGACCAGCAGAAGGCGGCGAUCAGUUUGUUGGAAAGUGCCUCAACGAAAGAUCCAGUGUCAGGUUCAAAGACAUCUUACGGCCAAAUUGUGGUUCUUUCUCUGGCAAAAAACAAGCAGGAGUGGUCAUUAAGCUAUAACAUGCCAGCGCCUUUCAGGAUAUCAAUGCAAAAAACAAAAAAAGACCAAAUCUCAAAGUCAAGAGAAUUCAUGAAAGGCUUGCUCGUGUUCCAGGCAAAGACAAGGCAAUUAGACCAAUAUACUUAUUGAUGUGAUCUAAAGAGUUUGUCUCUAGUAGGGCUGGGCAAUAUAAAAAAUGCAUAUCUCAAUAUUUUUCAAAUUAAUGAUAUCCGUUAAUUUGUAAAUACUUUUGCAGCAUUCGCUGCUGAUGAAUUUAAAAAGUUGGGCUUUUUUGCCCUUGUGGAAAUUAGUAUUUACAUCACAUUUACGAAUUAUGAGUAAUGACAUUAUAGCGAAAGCUCUUCUCAAAGCACUUCCGAUUAGUAUUUCAAAGCCUGCAUAACAGCAGCCAUAUUCACCAAAUAUAAACUAAACCCUGUAUAUUACCAUUGGUAUACGUAAUAUUCCCUUAGUUUUUAUCGUCAGCAAAGACGAAGCGAUAAUAUCUCCAAUUUUUGAUGUAUCGCCCAGCCCUAGUCUGAGCAUGGUUCCAGUUGAAUGUGCACCAAAGCAACAUUUUACAUGAAGAAAAAGGAUUCAAAGCCGGAGCCAAGGCAAUGUUACCGUAUGUCAACCACCUUUCCCCUCUCACCUUCUCAGCAGGGAGACAGAGCUCUCCUUCCCUUUGUGACAUUAAAAAACCGUCCUGGCAUUUUCGUUUAAUAUGCUGUUGGUCUCCAAGAGCCGGUUUGCAAACAGCACAAGCUCUUAUUAAAGAAUCAAGCCUUUAGACAUGCUCAGUGCUGGAAACCCGCUUUCCUAUUGCUGCCCGAUGAAGAAUGCUCAAAGAUUUCCGCUUCAGCAAAAAGCUUCUGGUGCAACUGACUGUUAAGUGUACAACGAAGGCAAAAAAAUACCUUUAGAGAAGAAUUAUUCUUUAUCGGUUGAAUCAAUAUUCUAAGCAACGUCGACACUCAUUGCUCAGUACAUGAACAGAUUUUCUAUCGCGGUGACAAACACUAAAUAAUUAAGACUUUUCAACUUCUGCCACACGCGUACACGCACACUCAUUUAUCUUUGCUGGGCAGCCUCAAGAAAAAAGAAAGCGAAAAAGAGAAUGCUUUUCAAAUAAAAUCAAUGGCUGUCUCCAGAGUGAGCUA